AUGAUGGCCGAUACGAACUCUAGGUUAAAUGCCUUCAAGAAUGCUGGAAAGAGUGUCGACGAAAUGAGGCGAAGGCGCCAAGAGGGGCAGGUUGAACUACGUAAGAAUAAACGAGAAGAAACUCGCCUCAAGAAACGCAAUAUUCCUUGUGAUAUUGAAGGUAAUGCUCGCGGAGAUCUUGUCGAUACGGAGCUUGAAUCUAAUGAGAGGCCUCCACUCCUCAGCCUAGAAGACAUUGUAGCCAACGCAGAGACAACAAACCCUGCGACUAAGUUGAUGCGCUAA